GUCUAUUACAACAUAACCUCUUAAUCGAGAAGGCCACGUUAUUUUUAAUAUGGCCAUAUGAUGAAUUUAACUCGAUCAAAUUAAUCGGAGAUACGAAUAUAAUUGGCCGAUGUCUUAUAAUUGAAGCAUUAUUAUAAAUGAUUCGAGAAUGCUGCACAAUACAACGACAUUGUCGCCUCAGGACAUUCUGACCGAGGUUAGAAAAUUUAUCUCCGGUGCCGUAUCUAGGUCUUCUCAUAGCGCAAACACGCAAGAUGUGACACGUACGGCGUUAUUUCUUCUGAAAAAUGUACCCGCGGCAAGGGACGCCGUACUCGAAUAUUUUUGCAAUGUAUUCUUCACCGCAGUGUCAAAAUAUGUUCGUCAGAUCGAGACAAAUCAAAAUAUAUUAAUACCUGAAGAGAGCAUUAUAGCAGAGAUUCACGCUGUUCUGAGCAGUUUCAUAAAUGGAAACCCAGAAGCGUGGGCUCCUAUUAUAUCAGCAUGGUCGUUGGACUUACUCGGCAAAGUAUCCUCUGAUUAUUCAAAACGUCGCAAUUUGCCCGUUGAUGCUGGGAUCAAUGAUUUUCUACAGCAAUGGAUGUCAUGCCGUGCAACGCGAACUCUGAUAGACAUUACGGCACAAUGUUUACAAUGCCUUAUGCACUCUGACACAGAGUCAUGUAUCAAGGCAUUGUUAGAUACCAGUGUGCUACAUAGCCCAUAUUUUGAUUGGGUGGUUGCUCAUGUAGGAAGCUGUUUUCCAAAUACUGUGAUUACCAGGGUGCUAUCGUGUGGAUUGAAAGACUUUUGCGCCAUGGGCUAUGAACAUAAUGUUAAAAAUCCAAAGUUGAAUUCCGUUGUUGGCAUAUUGGGACAUUUGGCGGGUAGUCAUUUUCAAGAUAUUAGAAAAGCACUGCUAGAUUUGUUCGAGUGGAGCUUAGACGAAGAUGUGAAUUUUGAUGAGGAUAUUAAAAAGCAAAAAUUAGCCACGGUACCGUUUCUUUUGAAUUUAGCUUCACUUUCGCAGACUCUUUUGAAAGCGAUGACCAGCAAUGUGUUACAGACAUUGAGACCCGAUGUCAUACCGCGUCUGGCAUUAUUCGCAGCAGAUUGGUGUAAAUACUUUGACAAUCAACCAGCAGCAUUAAUAGACUUGACAGUGCACUUGGCGUUAGGAUGCGAGCAGGGUGCAUCGCAAAUAAUCAAUAUACUGCUAGAUACGAGUCUAAACACGAGCAACGUCGGCUAUCACAGUGUUAACGCGGCGCAAAGUGUGAAAAACAUUUGUCGGGAGUUACUAGAACUGAUUUUACAAGAAAUAGAUCUUCUGUUGAGAACGCACGGACCGCAGUCCGCCAAUAUCGCUCUCCUGAGUUCUAUCAAACAGGAGAUAUCGCUGAUAGUGCCAAUGUUAUUGAAUCCUAAUCCAUUACGCGUGCAAACGGCUGUUAGACUGUUGUGCUUUCUGAGAAGUCAAAGUCCAAACAUAGUCGUUUCUAUGGCGUCCCACAUGCUGGUGAAGGCGCCAACGACGUUUCAUCUGGCAGCCCUGAUACGUCUUAUCACUAACAACAUCGUAUUGUUUCCUGCGAACAAAUCUGGAACUGAAAAUAUCCUUGCUGGUCACGAUUAUCUUACACAGAUCUUAGAGCAAGCGCUUAGAGAGAUAUACUAUAAAAAUGUCAUAAAUGAGGAAGAGUCGCGACAGUUAUUUAAAAAUCUUACUAUAAUGUUAAAGUGGGAAAAAUCGAAUAAGGCGCCGAUAUUACAGUCGAAAAUGAUUGCUAGAGCUCUCAGAUCUAAUUUGUAUCAAAUAUCUUCUUUGUUGACGAAAACCGACAACUUUGACUUGGCGAACGAUAUCGUUACUCUGUUGGAUCUGUUAAGCACGCCCGAGAAAGAUUAUAUUCUCAAUAUGGAACUCGUACUGAAAUUGACGAGAGCAGUCAUCCAGUAUUUCUUCUUGUGCAUUGCACAAACAGAUAUCAUAAAAAAGGAACAAGGAGUGAAGAUGGUUUGUCACUUAUUGAAGGAUUUAACAUGUUAUUCUCCUUGCGCUCGAGUAUUGGCGCUCAGAGAAAUAUUAGAGAACAGUAUCGAUAAUGAGCAGGCAAAGCACUUUGGAGCAAAGGAGAAAUUUGAGCCCCGUUUCGAGGAGCCGUUAUUGUUACAUAAACAGAAUCAUAAACAGGUGACGAGCACCAUGUUAGCACAGCGACAUUCAUCGGUAUUUCAUGCCGGUGUAAUAGGACACGGUCCGCGGAGACUACCUCCGGAGAAUUCGGUCGAUAAGGAAACUUUAGCUUUAAACAAAAUGUUAUUAAUGGAUGUCAUAAAGGCUUGUUGCAGCAACCAGGAGUCAGAUCGAUAUCCUGUCAACUUGGAUGCUCUGACAAUGGUUAGCUUGUUGUUGGUCGAAUUAGUGUCUCCUGACGUUAUGUACAAUGGCCUUCCAUGGCCUGAUGAAGAGUUUACAAAGGUGACAAUAGAGAGGGAUUUGCAAAUUCGUCGCAAGUUUAAGGAUGUACCUCUACUAUGGACGUUGCUAGAAUUAACUGCUUGGUACAGACCGGCGUUAGCAUAUUGUUCCGUUUUACUGAGAGGCAUCACCGCAACCGUGAUGGCUAAUUGGAAUACGGAGGAAGGUGUCUCGCUCGUCAAUAUAAUGGCGCUUGGUCAAUUAUUACCGCCGCCAUUGGCGAGUAUUAGGGACAUUCUGCCUGUUUUACAGCCGCACCAGAUAAAUACGAUAAUGAGGGAAUGCCUAUGGGCGUACAUGCGCGAGAACGUACCGUCUCCUGCGUUAUUUACGCGGAGCGAAGGCGCUAAUAUAGCUUGGAGGGAUAUCGAUACAUCAUCGCCCAAUGCACGCUUUACAGAUACUCUCCGCUUAGUAUUGUUGGCGAAUAUUCACACUUUAGGAUCUCUAUAUUCGACGUUAUUUUAUAAGAUAAAUGAAAAUAAGUAAAAUGCAGAGAGAGAAAGCAAAAGAGAAACAGAAUACAUCUCGAAUGGAAACUUAAAUUGAUUUUAAUUCAUGUAUAAUUAUACGACACACUUGUAAAUAGCAUUCUCCUGAUAGAAAUAACAUUAAAUUAUAAUUUGAAACCGUAUUAUCAUAUAGACACAUAUAUAUAUAUAUAAAAGAAAAAAACGGUAUAUAAAUAUUUGAUAUACAUGAUGAAUGUAAAACUUGAUAUAAUACUAAAUCAAAAUAAUGCAUGUGUGCACCGACUGAAAAUAUUAUCGAAAUGCAUCUAUUUUAUGAGAAGAGGCUCACGAGAUUUGUAUUAUUUUAUAUAACAUGUUUUUCAAGAUUAUAUAUAUAUACACGUGUGUAUAUAUAUAAAUAUUAAGUUUAAAUAUUUUCGCAAAAACUUCAUGUAUUGACAAUAAGUAUAUUUAGUGUUUUUUUUUCUUCUUCCUGUUAUACAUAUUGAUAUUCUAUAACAAUAGUUAUAAUUCAUAUAUCUCUUAUAACAAUUCUACGUAUAAAGUAGAAAACGACACAAUUACGCAUUGUAUAAAAUAGGAAGUAAUUUUUACUAGAGUUUCUUGUAUACACAUUCUGCUUUAUAUAUAUAAUAUUACACAAUACAUGAAUCUUUUUUUCUUAAUGGCGUAAUCGAUCAGGCGCGUUGUAUUAUUCUCGAUUAAUGACAAUGGAUAGAAAUUCAUUUUACGCGACUUUGGGACAAUAUCAUUAAAUGAAUGACAAAAUGAGAUAUCACGCGUAACAUAGUCGACAAAACGCGAUAAAAUGUUUGAGGAGGGAUGAAACGAGGAAGACGAAAAAAAAAAGAUAUGUUUUUAAUAUUUAUAAAAGCAUAUUCUCUUCUUUUCUCCUAAAUACAUAUAUGUAUAUAUAUACGAAAAACAAAUAUUAACUUACUUCGUAUUAUUAUCGAUACAGGAAUGAAUGGUACCCAAGAUGAACGAACGCUGUUCGAAUUGCUGUACGAAUACCCUAGGUGGGUGUCUCGUCCUGACUGAAAUGACUAUAUUCAUAAUCAUAUAUUGGUUCAAUUAAUAUAAACGUCACGAUUUUACUCAUAUAUAUAUGCGAUUGAGUCUUCACGCGGCUCUUUGUCAUGUUGCAGAGCCCAAAAAACGCUAGUAAAAAAUGUUGGAAAUAUUCAAUUAUUUUCUUACUAUGUACAUACUGCUUAUUGUACGAAAGAUAUUAUUGAUCGCGUCAUAUCUUGCGAGAUAUCUUCCGCGUUUGUAUUUUGCGAGCAUUUUAACUGUUGUAUGUCUGAGUUCUUAUUCUCUACACUCUGUCAAUAUGUUCUUGCCUUUAACAGGCUAAUGGUUUGUGUACAGUUUGCGUAGCAUUAUUAAUGUUUAAUGUAAAAAUAAAGAGUACAGUCUCAUAAUGC